AUGAAUGAUUUCAAGAGAAUGAUGCAAAGAGGAGCUGUCCCAAUUGACCAGCAGUUAAAUAACAUAGUUCAACAGCAAAUCGCGAGAAAUCGGGAGAUUCUAAAGUCCCUUUUCAAAACUAUUAUUUUCUGUGGGAAAAACAACAUCCCACUCAGGGGGCGGAGAGAUGAUGAUCCCACUAAUGCUGCCCUAACCGGUAAUUUCCAGGCAUUGCUAGAAUUCCGGGUAGACAGUGGUGACCAAACACUGCAGCAACACCUGGACACUGCACCCAGAAAUGCCACAUACAUUUCAAAGACCAUUCAGAAUGAAAUGAUAGAAACUGUUGGUGCUCACAUUUUGAAUGAUCUAUCACAGGAAAUAAGAAAUAGUAAGUAUUUUUCAGUUGUGACAGAUGAAGCUGCUGACAUUUCAAAUAAGGAGAAUGUUUCUGUAGUAAUAAGAUUUCUGGAUACAACUAAAACCAUCCGAGAAGAAUUUAUUGGGUAUUACAUUUGUGAGGAGGGAUUAACAGGGGAGGCUAUCAAGGACAUUAUAACUGCAGCUGUAGCAAAAUUAGGAUUGACAAUGGAAGACUGUCGUGGGCAGUGUUAUGAUGGUGCAGGCAAUAUGGCUGGAAGACUAAAUGGAGCCUCCUCAUUGAUCAGUGCAGAACACGAAAAGGCAACCUAUGUCCACUGCAUGAACCACAGGCUUAAUUUGUGCAUAGCAGACACUUGCCAAUUGCCAAUUGUCAGGAACAUGAUGGAUAUUGUGCGCAAGAUUUCUAAAUUUUUUAACAACUCUCCCAAGCGUCAACAACAUUUAAUAGCCAAGAUCAGAGAACUAUUGCCUCGGGCAAACCAUACUGUUUUAAUUGAUGUGUGCCGCACACGAUGGAUUGAACGGAUUGAUGGAAUGGACCGCAUAGUUGAACUUCUCUACCCAGUCACAGCUACACUUGAAGACAUCUCACUUAACAGAAACAGCCCUGGAGACUCAACCUGGAAUCCAACAAGCAGACAUGAUGCUCAGUCCUUAAUUAAUACAUAUUUUGGGAUUAACUAG